UUCGGUGUCCCGUCCCCCCACAGCUCCGGGCAGCCGCCGCGGGAGAAGCGGAAACUGCCGGGUGCGCCGCGCCGGCCGAGAGCGCGCCUAGGAGCAGCGGGGCGGCCUCCGUCCGGCCCGGCCCAGUUGAGCGGCGCGCGGCGCCCCCUCCCCCGCAGCCCCGCGCCGGGCGCCGUGGCCCCGCCCCAACCCCGCCCGAGCUCGCCUCGCGCCCCCCGCCGCCGCCGCCGCCGGUCCCCCGCGGCCCGAGCGCGCCCACCUGAGUCCGUCCGCGCCCACCUGAGCCCGUACGCCGGCGCCAUGGCGGAGCAAGAGAGCCUGGAGUUCGGAAAGGCUGACUUCGUACUGAUGGACACCGUCUCCAUGCCCGAGUUCAUGGCCAACCUCCGGCUCAGAUUUGAAAAAGGGCGCAUCUACACAUUCAUUGGAGAAGUCGUCGUGUCUGUGAAUCCUUACAAGUCAUUGAGCAUCUAUGGGAGAGACACAAUUGAGCAGUAUAAAGGGCGUGAGCUGUAUGAGAGACCUCCUCAUCUUUUUGCAAUUGCCGAUGCUGCUUACAAAGCUAUGAAGAGGCGCUCAAAAGACACUUGUAUUGUGAUAUCAGGGGAGAGUGGAGCUGGUAAGACUGAAGCCAGUAAAUACAUUAUGCAGUACAUUGCGGCCAUCACCAACCCCAGUCAGAGAGCGGAGGUUGAAAGAGUGAAGAAUAUGCUGCUCAAGUCCAACUGUGUCUUGGAAGCUUUUGGAAAUGCCAAAACCAACCGUAAUGACAACUCCAGCAGGUUUGGAAAGUACAUGGACAUCAACUUUGACUUCAAGGGGGACCCUAUUGGUGGACACAUCAAUAACUACUUACUGGAGAAGUCUCGAGUGAUUGUGCAACAGCCAGGAGAAAGAAGCUUCCAUUCUUUCUAUCAGCUACUCCAAGGAGGUACAGAUCAGAUACUUCGCUCUCUACAUCUCCAGAAAUCCCUGUCAUCCUACAACUAUAUUCAUGUAGGAGCCCAGUUAAAGUCUUCCAUCAAUGACGCUGCAGAAUUCAAAGUAGUAGCUGAAGCCAUGAAAGUAAUUGGCUUCAAACCUGAGGAGAUUCAAACAGCGUAUAAAAUUUUGGCUGCCAUUCUUCACUUGGGAAAUUUAAAAUUUGUGGUGGAUGGUGACACGCCCCUCAUUGAAAAUGGCAAGGUUGUAUCUAUCAUAGCAGAAUUGCUCUCCACCAAGACCGACAUGGUUGAGAAAGCCCUCCUCUACCGGACAGUGGCCACAGGCCGGGACAUCAUCGACAAGCAGCACACAGAGCAGGAAGCGAGCUAUGGCAGGGACGCCUUCGCCAAGGCAAUAUACGAGCGCCUUUUCUGUUGGAUUGUUACUCGCAUCAACGACAUUAUUGAGGUCAAGAACUACGACACCACAGUCCAUGGGAAAAACACUGUCAUCGGUGUCCUGGACAUCUACGGCUUUGAAAUCUUUGACAACAACAGCUUCGAGCAGUUCUGCAUCAAUUACUGCAACGAGAAGCUGCAGCAGCUCUUCAUCCAGCUGGUCCUGAAGCAAGAGCAGGAAGAGUACCAGCGGGAAGGAAUCCCCUGGAAGCACAUUGAUUACUUCAACAAUCAGAUCAUCGUGGACCUUGUGGAGCAGCAGCACAAGGGGAUCAUCGCAAUCCUAGACGACGCCUGCAUGAAUGUCGGCAAGGUCACCGACGAAAUGUUCCUCGAAGCGCUUAACAGCAAAUUGGGCAAACAUGGCCAUUUUUCCAGCCGAAAGCUCUGUGCCUCAGACAAAAUCCUGGAGUUUGAUCGAGACUUUCGAAUUCGACAUUAUGCGGGUGAUGUAGUCUAUUCAGUCAUUGGAUUUAUUGACAAAAAUAAAGACACUUUGUUUCAAGAUUUCAAGCGCCUCAUGUAUAACAGUUCAAAUCCUGUGCUGAAGAAUAUGUGGCCCGAAGGCAAACUGAGUAUUACAGAGGUAACCAAGCGACCUCUAACUGCUGCCACCUUGUUUAAGAAUUCUAUGAUUGCUUUGGUGGACAACCUUGCAUCAAAGGAGCCCUAUUAUGUACGUUGCAUCAAACCCAAUGACAAGAAAUCCCCACAGAUAUUUGAUGAUGAACGCUGCCGGCACCAAGUAGAGUAUCUCGGACUCCUGGAAAAUGUGAGGGUGCGGCGGGCAGGGUUUGCCUUUCGCCAGACGUACGAGAAGUUUCUUCACAGAUACAAGAUGAUCUCUGAAUUCACCUGGCCCAACCAUGAUCUCCCUUCAGACAAAGAGGCUGUCAGGAAGCUGGUUGAACAUUGUGGUUUUCAGGAUGAUGUGGCUUAUGGGAAAACCAAAAUUUUCAUUCGAACACCCCGAACACUGUUUACCUUAGAAGAACUCCGUGCCCAGAUGCUCGUAAGGAUUGUCCUCUUUCUACAAAAGGUGUGGCGAGGCACGCUGGCCCGCAUGCGGUACAAGAGGACCAAGGCAGCUCUGACAAUUAUCAGAUACUACCGGCGUUACAAGGUGAAGGCCUACAUUCACGAGGUUGCCAGACGCUUCCACGGCAUCAAGACCAUGAAGGACUAUGGGAAGCAUGUGAAGUGGCCAACCCCACCUAAAGUUCUGCGCCGUUUUGAGGAGGCCUUACAGGCAAUUUUUAAUAGAUGGAGAGCAUCCCAGCUCAUCAAGAGCAUGCCCGCCUCUGACCUGCCCCAAGUCAGGGCAAAGGUUGCAGCCAUGGAAAUGUUGAAAGGUCAAAGGGCCGACCUGGGGCUGCAGAGAGCCUGGGAGGGCAACUAUCUUGCUUCGAAGCCAGAUACUCCUCAGACAUCGGGCACUUUUGUCCCCGUCGCAAACGAACUGAAACGGAAGGACAAAUACAUGAACAUCCUCUUUUCCUGUCAUGUCCGUAAGGUGAAUCGAUUUAGUAAGGUGGAAGACCGAGCAAUUUUUGUCACUGACCGUCACCUGUACAAGAUGGACCCCACUAAACAAUACAAGGUGAUGAAGACGAUUCCGCUCUACAACUUGACUGGUCUGAGUGUCUCCAAUGGAAAGGACCAACUUGUAGUGUUCCAUACAAAAGACAACAAAGACCUCAUCGUCUGCCUUUUCAGCAAACAGCCAACCCACGAGAGUCGAAUUGGAGAACUUGUUGGAGUCCUGGUGAAUCAUUUUAAGAGCGAGAAGCGCCACCUUCAAGUCAACGUCACCAACCCUGUGCAGUGCAGCCUGCAUGGGAAGAAGUGCACGGUCUCCGUGGAGACGCGGCUCAACCAGCCGGAGCCCGACUUCACCAAGAACCGCUCGGGCUUCAUCCUCAGCGUGCCCGGGAACUGACCGCUCCCCAGGGAGGCCUCGCCAGGGCGCGGGGGGCCGCAGCGCCGGGCAGCCCCCCCGCCGCGCCGCAUCGCAGGUCCCUGUCUAAUUGCUGACUCCCCGCUACUGCCCGCUAGAAAUCAGCUCGCAAGGGUCCGUGCUUGGAGCCGAGCCCCCCCUUCUGCCUCCUCCGAGGCUCCGCCCCUGAGGUUUUCUUGCUGCUUUUCUGCCUUUGGUCUCCAUCCUCCUCUGCCCCAACUUUCCACGGUCCUCACUCAACAAACCAAAGACCCCGGUGCCCUGCUGCAGAGCCCGGGCUCAUACCCUCGGAGACAACUUGAGGGUGCCUGGAGUCAGCGAAGCCUCUGCCCUCCCCCACCCCCCGGCCAGGUCAGUGUGCCCUGACCCACUGACCUGCGACCAGGCCUGCAUCCAAGGGGUGGAUGCAGUUUCCCCCGAAAACAUGCUCCCCUGGGGGACGUGGGAGAGACUGGUGAAGAUGAGCUGGGGAUGGAGCCCCACUCUCUCCGUGAGCCCAGCCUGCCACCCCUCUUUCCCCCAAGGGGACCACAGCCCCCCCCCCCUCGCUCAGAGCUCUGGUGGAGCCCCUCCCCCAGCAGUCAGCCAGAGGCCCCAGGUGAGCAGGUUCACCUGCAGGGCUGGCCCCGGAGCCCGGAGUGUGCCCGGGGGCCUGCCGGCCGCCUCUCCGAGAGCGAGCAGGUGCUCCGAAGGCCGGCUGCCCUCACGGCACGGCCCGGGCGGAGGUUGUUGCACACGGACGUUGUGCCGUUUGCGGGGCACUCCUCAGAUACGGUGUCUGUUGUGCCCACGCUCCUGUCAGGAAGGCCAAUCAGAAAACGGAGUUGCAGGGCCCAGGGAGCCGCCGCGCGGGGGAGCCUGGGUGUUUUCCCCUUCCCACACCUCGGUUUCAUACUUCCGUGGAGAAUGAGGACCAGGGCCUGAGGGGCGGAGUGACAGAAACAGAGCUGGGGGUCCUGGCACUGCAGGCCAGGCCAGGAUGCCCACCCCGCCCUGCAGACACCCCCGCCGCAGCUGGGGCCCAGGCCGGGCACGCAGACCUCGCGCCAGGAGACUGCCACCGUCUUGCCAGUCUGUGCCCCGCAGAGAGCACCACAGGCCCUCCUGAGACCCCUCUGCUCCUGAGUCUCGGCUGAGGACU